AUGCCAUUGGAUGAAGUGACCAACCACACAGGCAUCACUGAGUUCCUCCUCCUGGGAUUCUCUGAGGACCCGAGGAUGCAAACCCUCCAUGGCUGCCUGUUCCUCAUGGCUUACCUGGCUGCCCUGUUAGGAAAUGGACUCAUCAUCAUGCUCAUCACUUGGUAUCCUCAGCUUCACACACCCAUGUACUUCUUCCUGAAGAACCUGUCACUCAUAGAUGUCUGCUACAUUUCUGACACUGUUCCUAAAUUUGUUAUUAACUCCCUGAUGAACAGGAACACAAUAUCCUUCCUUGGAUGUGUCUUCCAGGUGUUUUUCUUCAUGUGUUUUGGUGCUGCUGAACUGGCCAUCCUCAUGGUGAUGUCCUAUGACCGCUACGUGGCCAUCUGCCAUUCACUGCACUAUGAGACCAUCAUGGCCAAGGAGGCCUGUUGGCGGAUGGUGGUGGCUUCAUACAUCAGUGCGGGAAUCUAUGGAGCCAUGCACACGGCAGCAACAUUUUCCACAACGUUUAGUUCAAAUAAAGUCCAUCACUUCUUCUGUGCCUUGGCCUACCUGAAGCCAGUCUCUGAGGUGAUGUCAGAUCUGGAUAUCAUUCUGUCUAUGUUUUACACAGUUGUGCCUCCAUCAUUGAAUCCCAUCAUUUACAACCUUAGAAACAAGGACAUAAAAUGCUCACAAAAUGCAACUGUGAUGUGGAGCCCUGGGGAGCAAGCCCAUGAGCCUGGAAUCCUGGAUAUUCACUUAAUCAGUGACAGAGCUAUUCCAGGAUUUUCCAACAGGACCCUGAUGCUGUAA